AUAAAAUAAAAUUAAGUACAAUAAAACAAACGAACAAACGUAAGUUGCACAACCAGCUUGCAAAGCAAUCUUUACGCAAGAACAGAGUAUAUAAGUGCAGGACUUAACGAACAAAUUUGAGCACAGCAACUCCGUCCCCGAUCCCAAAACCCACCAAUGGAGAUCAGUAGUGUCAAGAUCUCCGGAGCAGCCGAGCAGGUAACAUCUGCUCAGAUAGUUGCUUCGAUUGAUGAGCUAUUGGAAGACAUCCUCUUACGCCUUCCAAUAAGAUCACUCAUCCGUUUCAAGUUUGUCUCCAAACGCUGGCUCUCUCUCAUAUCCAACCCACAAUUUGCUGUCCUCCACCAGGACCGCAAUCCCGCUCCCAAGCCAGCAAUAGGCCUAUUCCUGCCCUGCACAAGCUUUCGCAGCAACCCAACCAAAUUCGAGUACAUCAACUUUGACGUCCAUAACCUGACCUCCUCACCAUUUUCAGUACUAAAAUUUGCCAGUGAUCCAUCUGCAGGCUCCAUAAAGAUUCUACAGUCUUGCAAUGGCCUAUUGCAUUGUUCCAGUUACCGAGCUCAGCGCCCCCGACAGAACUAUCAUGUUUUCAAUCCCACCACAAAGCAGUUAACCACAAUCCCAAAGCCGGCAUAUAGGAGGACCAUAUAUGGAGUAAGCUUGGCUUUUGACCCUACCAAGUCGUCUGCCUAUAAAGUUGUCUGCGUUCGGGCCUCUGAGCUGGUUUCAGGGUCUUAUCAGAUCCAGAUAUACUCAUCUGACACUGCAGGCCCCUGGAGAGUUUCAGGGGAGCCUUUCGCUGCUAAACAUGAUUUUAAGAAUGGGAUCUACUGGAAUGGAUCAGUGCAUUGGCUCGGGCAUUGGGGUCGUGAUAAUUCAUUAUACUUCAAUGUUGAUGAGGAAAGGCUUGGAGAAGUGGGACCAACUCCUAAUAAUGCAGAACAGGAAGCUGAAAUGACUUAUUUCGGAGAAUCUUGCGACCAUUUGAACCUUAUUCAGAUGUAUGGUCGUCCAGACGUUGAGUUCUAUGUGUAUGAAAUGAGGAGGGACUGCUCAGGAUGGGAUAUCAAGUACAUGGUCGAUCUUUCAGCGGUUACUAGUGCAUUUCCAGGAAUGAUCAGGACUGAAUUGGACUCGUACGAUGGUGGUUACUAUGUACUGUCAGUCUUGUCUAUCAUUCGGGGUGAAAAAGAAGAGGAAGCUUUCUUAGUUUUGCAGAUUCCCGGUAAGGCCAUUCGUUACAAUCUGGUCACCAAAACCUUCGUGAAGCUCUGUGAUUUUGAGGGUGCCGAGGAUGAGGGCUAUUUAAGAUUUGAGGGUGUGAAUGCUUAUCAGUACAUUGAAUCACUUUGUUGUGUUUGAUAUAAAUAAAUAGCCACAAUUUCCUGAGCUUGUUAUGGUGUGUUUUUGGCUCAUUUCUUGAUCUGUUUGAUUUGGAUUGGUUUGUCACACAAUUGAGAAACUUGUAAAUUUCUCAUCUUCCUUCUUUGU